AUAUCGAGCUAAACUGGGCCUUAAUUCCAACGCCGUUUACGUCUAACGAUUAGUGACGGCGAAUCGCCGUCUGCUAGAGUUCAGGCCUCUCCGACUCGCGUCUAAACUCUCAACUAUCAACUCCCAGUCUCUCACAGACCAUCUGUGCUCGGCGGCCGGCGGUGGUGCUCAAUUCUUGGGGAAUGGCGACGUCGUCAUCCAUCUUCAGAUUUGAAGUUCAUGCCUGCCGCGGCGACUCUCAAUCCCUUCCAGUAUUCUUCCCCGAAUUCUGAACUGAAACUCUGGUAUGUGUGGGGUUUCCCCGUUUCCAUCUUUCUCAGGUAGAAAAUGUAAAUACGCCGGCCAAUCAGUGGUAAAGGAGAAAAGAUAAACACUCAUUUCCUCGUUGAAAUUCUCGAUGUCCGACUGCGCCGCGACUCAUUAUCCCUUGUUUGCGAUUGGCGGCAGAGAGCUCUACCGGUGCGAAUCAUCACAGUGGGGAAGAAGAGGAAUUCCGGCGUGCAGUUGCUAGUAGAUGAGUACGUCGGCAAGCUCAAACACUAUUGCACCGUGGCUGACGUUCAAAUCCGCUCCAACCCCAGGAAUGCGCGCGAUACGAGGGCUCAGGUUGAAGACGAAGAUAUGGCGGUGAUGAACAUUAUCAACUCUGAUGAUUGGGUAGUGGUGUUGGAUGAGCGUGGAAAGGAUCUUGAUUCAGAGCAGAUGGCUGAGUUGGUUGGAGAUGCAGGCAAUAGUGUACAAAUUCACUCUUAUCCAACUAGUGCCUCUGAGUUAUGCUGUUGUUGAUUUUUCCCCAGUUAUGUCAUUCUGGUUUUCUACUUGUAGGGAGCUUCGAGGUUGUCAUUCUGCGUCGGUGGACCAUACGGUCAUGGGCAAGCAUUGAGGAAACGGGCUGAUGUAACAAUCAAACUGUCAUCAAUGGUUUUGAAUCAUCAGAUUGCAUUGCUUGUGCUAGUAGAGCAACUUUACCGGUCAUGGACCAUUCUGAAGGGACAAAAAUAUCACCACUAAAAGAGUUGAACAUUGCAGCCUCAAAUGCUGAUGAUGAGGUCUGAUCCGUCUGAACCCGUACAAGAUUUGCUUGGUGUAUGAUGGUAUGGAAGAUCAAAGUUAAUGGUUAUGAAAAUGCUUGCACAAUAUGGCCAUGGUAUCAUUUCUCUUGGCAGAGCUAUUCGUUACAAACAGAUACAAUCAGUAACUACUGCUGGUCACAGAACACUAAUCUACCACCUUUCAUGCACAAGCCUUGCUCCCCAACCGAAUUAACCAACUUCCCAUACCCAUACCUCAACGGCAUUCUCCCCAGAACCUUAUGAAACCGUGUUAUGCACUCUCCUCUCCUCUUCCUAUGCUCCACUCCCCUACUACUCAACCCCACCUUCCUCACCAUACUCCGAGCCUCGCCCUCUUUCAAUCCCCACGACCAUCUUCCAUCAAUACUGCUCGCAUCAUUACGAGCAUCUCCCCAGUCCCUCACCUUCUGCGCACCCACCAGCAAAGGAGCCGCAUUUGUCCUGUCAGCCACCACGAAGUUCAUCAGUAUGUCCUCGCAGUUGCGCAUUUCGUCGACGAUCCUCCUCAUCCGGUGCAUUGCCUCCCCGCCGCUGCAGCUGUAGUCGAACAAGUACCGUCGGUCGAGAAUCAUGAACUUGGUCAGCACGAUCGAGUACCUUUCCGGGUGCACGGUGUAGAUCCACUUCUUCGUCGACAGAUCAAUGUCGUGCGACCUGACGAAGAAUCCGAUCAAGUGGUCCUGGUUCGAUUUCCAUGUCCGGAACGCGAACUCGAACGACUUGGCGUCCACCUCCACAUCGUCGUCGAUGAUCAGCACGGCUCGAGUGUUGAUUGAGGGCAAGGGGAGGAAGCGGGAAUUCAGGCUGUCUGAAUGUUGGCGGUGGAGGGAGAUGGUGGAUGGGCCGAAGGAGGAGACGGUGAGGUUGUGGGCUAAUUGGGCCAGAGUUUGGGCCGAUGUGGCCGGGUUUCCCCAGAGGACGACGACGGUUGAGACCAGCGGAGAGGCGGAGUACGUGGCGGCGAUCUGCUGGAGGAGUGGAAUGCGGAACUCAGAGUAGCCGUUGAUCAGCACGGUGAUUUGAUCCGCCCGGAGAGUUCGCCGCUCCGGCUGAUUCGCCGCAUCGCAGGGAUCUGUCGGGAGAGUGCUCCUCGAGAAAACCGGCAAUAUCGCCGACGACGAUAGGAGGAAGAAGCAAACUGAGAAGGAGAGAAAUGCUGGGAUCAUGCUCCUCCUCCUUGAAUCGCCGUGGGAUUUCUAACUGAGCGAAGGAAUUCUCCGGCGGGAAGCUGAGUUGAGAAAUCGUUUCGUAUAUAAUGAGCUUAGAAUUUCGUUCUGCUGAUAUGAAGAAGAUUUAGUGGACGGUGGUCGGUGAAGGGCGGCGGAGCAGAACAGUACUUUUCAGAAAUUUUUCCUUUUAAAAAGGAUAGCGAGAAAAAAGUAAAACCUGCGGGGAUGUUUGCGUAAUUAGAAGAAAGGACAGGGGCUGUUUUGCAAAUUAUCCUUUCAUGGACACGGGUUAUCGGAUAAUGGGUGGCGGACUGGCGGGAGGGAGAACUAACUGAAGGUAGCUAACGGAAAGAGCGAUGGCGCUGGCAAUUUUAGCUCCGGCGACGGCGAGUGUGAAUUGCUGGAGUAGAGAGAAGUUUUCGUCGUUUCCGUUGAGUAGAAGCUGGGGAAAGCAAUUUUUGAAGCCUGUAAAUUGCGCUUCUUCUUCUUCCUCUGCUUCUGUUGAGCAAGUCCAAGAACAACAACAGAAGCAGGUUGAUUCAGGGAUAAUGUGCGAACCUUGCAAUGGCCAAGGAUGGCUAGUUUGUGAUUUCUGCAAAGGGCAGAAAACCAAUGUGAAGGCCGAAAACAAACGGGUCUAUCGCCGAUGUCCAUCUUGCAAAGCUGUUGGAUACCUCUUGUGUUCAAAGUGCAAAGUGUUCAAGUGUGUUACAUUCCCAAAUUACAGUGACGGGGAGGAGCUAUCCUUCUAAUCAACCACCCUCCCCUCUAUUGCCAUGGCCAAGUAUGAUCCUUGACCAUGCUAAUGUUCUCUGUAUCGUUCCAAUUUCAUCGAAUGUCCCAAAAGAGACCUAUGUAUGAAUCAUUUGACUCUACUUUCCCCCGCCCUUGUCGUUAUGCCAUUGACCGACGAGGAUGUUGAUCUAAUGAUCACUAAACAAUAUGAAAUAUGCUAAUAUUUUGGAUUUUGGUAAACAAAGGCCAAUUGAAUUUGUCUCCAUUAGCUGUUACUCCAUUCUAUAUCAGAAGUUGGUAUGUACAGCUCUGGCAUGAAUUUAGUUAUCUGUGGGCUGUGGCUGCAAGUCUACUUUAUCGUAAUCAUAUAUUAUUAGGCUAAUAACUAAUGUCCCAUUUGGCAUGAUGAUUGAUUUAGGGUUGAGGCAUCGAGAUUUGUCAGGAGAAAAUGGUGUAUUGAAAAUGAUAACAUAUUUUUCAGAAACAGUAAUCUCUUACAAGGACAUCUCACCCUCUCCUCCUAAAACAUUGAAGAAUCAAAGUUAUUGAACUACCUCCCGCAGGAUCUCUCUCUCUCUCUCUCUACCUAUUACAUAACCUCAUCCAACAAGAAGAAAAAAGUGGAAGGGUCACACAAGAAAAGUGGAAGAAGAAGAAGAAGAAUGACAGUGCAUUAACAGCAAAUCAUCUGCACAUAGGGCUCUGAGGGUGAUGAACAGGAGUACUACAUUGCUGCCCCGGCAAUGAACAGUAGCCAUACCCUGCUCCUGCUGCUGCUGCACCAUCUUCAAAGUCGAACCUGCAAUCCUGCUGCUGCUGCAUGAAGCAGAGAGCACCAUCCUUCUUCUCCUCAACAAUCUUCACCACGCUCUCGAACACCUGAACCUCGCAAGGGAUCCUCAGGACGCCAGCCUGCUGGAAACCGAACUCCUCCUCGGCCUCCCUGAGCAGGAUGUGGAAUGCAGGGUGGCUCAGGUACUCCGUCGGGAUGGUGAACCGCUUCUGCUCCAGCCCGACGCUGAUCGCCAGGUAACCCUUUGGCACCGUGCCAUUGUCGCUGCUAGCAUUGCUGCUGCUGCUCUCUGACAGUGACAGAGUCCUCUUCAGAAACUUUAUGCUCUUGCUGCCGCCGCCGCUGCUGUUGUUGUUGUUGGUGGUGGCAGUCCCGGUUGUAGUGGAACAGGUGGUGGCGGUGUUGGUGGGGGGCUUGGAUGAGUUGGCUGCCUUUCUCCAUUUCUUGAGGAUUUGUUGCAGCCUGACGAUUUCUGUGAUCUUGUUGGACUUCUUGCACUCCAUUUUUUCUUCAGGUUGGUGAAGAAGAAGAAGAAGGCUUGCUGGUGGGGGGAAAGGGAGCUGCUUUCUUUCUUUUUUUUAGGGCUUGGUGCAACAACGGGAGAUGUGAACUUAUAGGCAUGGAGGAGGGGCUCAGAAUUCUAAUUUGUUUCUUUUUUUUUAAAAUCUCAUGGAUAGUAAAUAUUUUUUGAUACCAUCUGUAUAGCUUCAUUAUAAUAUACUGGCUUGAAGAAGUCAUCACCCACUGCCAGAGAGGAGGCUGGCUGUAGGGUUGGUUUUUUUUAUUUGGUGAAGAAAACCUGGGGAGGGUGAAGGAACUAAUAAACAACAAUCUCUGAAAAGUAUACCGGGUACGACGUGGAUUGGUAUUAUGUAUUUUCGGGUUCAAUUUUUGCCG